GUUGUAGGCACAGCCGUGCCAUGUCUGCCAUUCUCCUCCCUGGUCCCCAGCCCCACUCAUGGGAUGUGGCACCCUGAACCCUCGGAUCGGUUCUGGUGUGCACCUGGAAGCGCUGAGAGCUCAGCCCAAAGUCUCACUUCUGCUGACUAUGAUCUUCCUCUUCACUUUCUUCUUCUACUGCCUGAGCGGCUCUUGUGGGGAGACCCAGCCGUCCAUGGAAGCGGGGGGAUCGAUCGGAGCGGACAGUGCGCAGCGCUCGUCUGUACACGGGAGCCAGGCGGAGGAGUCGGCGCCGUCCCUGCUGAGCUUCCAUCUACCGGACCUCAGCCCGGGGAAGGUGAACAGGACAUUGGGGCGCAGUCCCCUCUCCAGUCACAGCGGAUACGGGAGCAAAACGUUUCCUCAAGCCAUCAUCGUGGGGGUGAAAAAGGGGGGGACCCGGGCACUGCUGGAGUUCCUGAGGGUGCACCCAGAUGUCAGGGCGCUGGGCGCUGAACCCCACUUCUUUGACAGGUGCUACGACAAAGGGCUGGAGUGGUACAGGAACUUGAUGCCACGGACAUUAGAAGGGCAGAUCACUAUGGAGAAGACCCCAAGUUAUUUUGUAACCCUUGAGGCUCCGAAAAGGAUUUACAACAUGUCCAAGGACACCAAACUCAUUGUGGUGGUCAGGAAUCCGGUGACCAGGGCGAUCUCCGAUUAUACGCAGACUCUCUCCAAAACUCCAUCGCUUCCGACCUUCCAAGCUUUGGCCUUUAAAAACACCAGCACGGAGGCUAUUGACACUUCAUGGAGUGCCAUAAGAAUUGGCAUCUAUGCUAAGCACUUGGAGAACUGGCUCCAGUACUUCCCUCUCUCCAAAUUCCUUUUUGUCAGCGGGGAGAGAUUGGUCAGCGACCCAGCUGGAGAGAUGGAAAGGGUUCAAGACUUUCUGGGGCUGAAAAGGGUGAUAACAGACAAACAUUUUUACUUUAACAAAACCAAGGGCUUUCCGUGCCUGAAGAAACCAGAGGGAAGCAGCAAGCCUAGGUGUCUGGGGAAGUCCAAGGGGCGGCCACAUCCGGACAUAGACCAGAGACUCUUGCUUCGUCUCCAGGAUUUCUAUAGACCAUACAAUAUGAAGUUCUACCAAAUGACUGGACACGACUUUGGCUGGAACUAAUGCCUUCCGAAAACAGUUUAUAGGAUCCGUAUCUUUUAUAUACCAGUAUCAGUGGGACUUAUUUCCCUCUUAAAAUUGAAUGUACAAAUUUUGUUUCCAAUACGUGCAGGAAAAUUCCUUUAAUACAGCAUUCAUGGGAAU